CAGGCUCUGCCCCCUAGGAGCGGAGGGAGUGGUGAAAGUAUAAAACCCCUUGGGUUCCCUCCAGCCAGACUGUAGACCUACUGGAAACUAUAGAGACACCUGAGUGUUGCCCCACUGGCUAAACUAUCCCAUCACAAUGUUGUCACGACUGUUGAUUGUUCCUUUGAUCUUUGCUUUGGCUGGUCUUGCUAUCUCAGCCCCUGUUAAUGAUGGAACCGAGGCAGACAAUGAUGAGAGAGCUGCCUCCUUGCUAGUGCACCUUAAAGCUGACAAAGAUGGCGGAGGCCUCACAGGGAGCCCGGAUGGAGUCUCCGCAGGGACCACAGAUGGGACUGAUUCCAGUAAAGAACUAGCAGGAGGUGCAGUGGAUUCCUCACCUGAUACAACAGACACCCCAGAUGCCAGUAGCAGUGAUAUAUUCCCAGACACAAACAACAGAGAUACCAGCGUGGAAACUACAGGCAAUCCUGAUGACUCUGAUGCCCCAGAUGCAGCUGAAUCAGCAGGCAGCCAAGAUACAACGGAUGCAGCUGAUGCCUCUGAGGCUGUGGCAGAGACCGUAGACACUUAUGAUAUACCAGAUACAGAUGGUGCUGAUGACAGGGAGAAGGUGUCGACAGAGGUGUCAACAAAGGAUUUGGACUCGGCAGGUGUGGAUAAGUCUCCAGAAAGUGACUCCACAGAGUCUCCAGGAAGUGACUCCGCAGAGUCUCCAGGAAGUGACUCCGCAGAGUCUCCAGGAAGUGACUCCACAGAGUCUCCAGGAAGUGACUCCACAGAGUCCCCAAGAAGUGACUCCACAGAUGAAGUGCUGACAGACGUGCAAGCUGACUCUGCUGAUGUGACCAGUGAUGACAUGGAUGAGGCCACAGAGACGGACAAAGAUGAUGACAAGAGUGACGACAAGAGUGAUGCAGAUGCUGCCACAGACAAAGAUGACAGUGAUGAGGAUAAGGACACUGAACUAGAUGGUAAGGCCCAUGCAGAAGACACACAGACAGAGGAAGCGGCAGACAGCGACAGCAAACAAGGCGCUGCAGACUCAGACUCUGACACAGACGAUGACAGGCCAGAGAAAGACGUUAAGAACGACUCAGAUGACAGCAAGGACACCACCGAAGACGACAAACCAGACAAAGAUGAUAAGAAAAACAGAGACAGCGCAGACAACAGCAAUGAUGACAGCGAUGAGAUGAUCCAGGUCCCCAGGGAGGAACUAGAGCAGCAGGAAAUUAACCUGGAGGAGGGAGGAGUGAUUGGCAGCCAGGAGGAGACUGUAGCAUCAGACAUGGAGGAGGGGAGUGAUGUGGGGGACCAGAAGCCCGGCCCUGAAGACAGCAUCGAGGAGGGAAGCCCUGUAGGGAGGCAAGAUUUUAAGCAUCCACAGGAUUCUGAGGAGGAGGAGCUGGAGAAGGAGGCAAAGAAAGAGAAGGAGUUGGAGGAGGCAGAGGAGGAGAGGACACUAAAAACAAUAGAGUCCGACAGUCAGGAGGACAGUGUGGAUGAAAGUGAGGCUGAACCAGACUCCAACAGUAAAAAGGACAUUGGGACCAGCGAUGCCCCUGAACCACAAGAGGAUGACAGUGAAGAGGACACUGAUGAUAGCAUGAUGAAAGAGCCCAAAGAUUCUGACGAUGCUGAGUCUGACAAAGAUGAUAAGGACAAGAAUGAUAUGGACAAAGAAGAUAUGGACAAGGAUGAUAUGGACAAGGAUGAUAUGGACAAAGAUGAUAUGGACAAGGAUGAUGUGGACAAGGAUGCCUCUGACUCAGUGGAUGACCAAUCUGAAUCGGAUGCAGAGCCAGGCGCAGAUUCACACACAGUUGUCGAUGAGAUAGAUGGGGAAGAAACAAUGACUCCAGAUUCAGAAGAGAUAAUGAAGUCUGGUGAGAUGGACUCGGUUGUCGAGGCAACUGAAGUUCCAGCUGACAUUCUGGACCAACCAGACCAACAGGAUGACAUGACACAGGGCGCCUCGCAGGGUAAGCCGCUGAUGCUGCUGCCACCGCCCUGGCAGCCCAGUCUUAGCCCUGUGGGUUGAGCCCACAGCACGCUGUGGAUGGAAUCAGACAUUUUGAUAGACCCAUCAUGGUGAAUCUCACAGAAAACUGACAACAAGCAAUAUCAACAAAAACUUUAGUCAAAUGUUGCUCUUAAGUUCCUUAACCCUCUUUUGCCACUCAAAAUGGUGAAGGUGUGUGCAAUGUCUAUGAGGAUAAAAUUAAAUUAUUCUACUUUUUUUGGUGUACAUUUUUACCCACUUUUUGAUUGUAUUGUUUUUUUGGUAGUUGGACAUUGAAUCAUGAAGAAUGUCAACUUUGUUUUUUGUUAAAAACAUUUUAUGUAGUUACACUCCUGUCGUAUCAACUAGCAUACUGAUAAAAUGGUCACUAUGUUCUCUUACAAUGCCCUUGAGAAUACCAGAAGUCCGUUUUUUAAUUCAGUCAUUGUAGGUUUGCUAUGUUUCUGCAGGGUUCCUACUGGUUUCGUAUGAUGCAUUGAUGUCUCAGUCCUUGACAGAAAGCUCAAUUGGCACGUUGUCCUUCUAACUGAUAACAGCUGCUACAUUUGAAAAAUAACUCAGACUGACUCACAGCUCAACAUUCGUUUUUUAAAUUAUGAAAAACAUUAGGUCAUUUAUACAAAAUGAAGUGUACAUACGUUUAAUGACGCAACAAUGUCUUUGAUAAGGUAUACAAAACAAAUCUAGAGAAAGUACUAAAAACGUGUGAUCUACAUUGGUCGAAAAGAUUGUAAAAUAACAAUUGUAUAGACAUAAUGAGAAUGUCAUUUGAAUAUGUACACAGGGGGGAAAUCUAAUAAAGACUGAGUUGUCAGGAAGUUUUUGGGGAUAAAAAGCUG